ACCAUAAUGAUUUAGCUAACAACUUACCCACGGAGUCUUUUUUUGACUUAGGAUUUUCAUUGCUAGACUUUCACUCUUCAGGUUUCAAGUUCAUUCAUUCCAGGAGUUUUUGACAUUGAAUCAUAACACCUUUGUCAAGAUAUACUGUGAUGUUGGCUAUGAGAAAUCAUGGAUAUGCCUUGGCUGUUUCGUUUUGUUUUAUCAUCCUCAUAGCAGUCUCACAACCAACAGAUCCUUCAGAAGUAAAUGCACUGAUAGACAUCAAGAAAAGUUUGAUUGAUCCCAUGAACAAUCUGAGGAACUGGAAUAAGGGUGACCCAUGUGCAUCAAACUGGACUGGGGUUUGGUGUUUUGAUAGGAAGGGUGCUGAUGGUUACUUCCAUGUCCGCGAGCUCUAUUUAAUGACUAUGAAUCUCUCUGGAAGUCUAGCACCUCAGCUUGGUCAACUAUCUCAACUUGAGAUACUGGAUUUCAUGUGGAACAAUCUGACAGGCACAAUACCAAAGGAGAUUGGAAAUAUUACAUCAUUGAAACUCUUGCUCCUGAAUGGGAAUAACUUAUCUGGUAGUUUACCAGAUGAGCUUGGCAACCUUUCAAAUUUGAAUAGACUCCAAGUUGACGAAAACCAAUUAUCAGGUCCUAUACCAGAUUCAUUUGCCAACUUGGUCAAUGCUAGACACAUCCACAUGAACAACAACUCGUUUAAUGGUCAACUUCCAUACAAACUUUCAAACCUAUCCAAUCUUCUGCACUUGCUUGUGGACAACAAUAACUUAUCUGGCCAUCUUCCACCACAAUUCUCCAUGUUACAUGGGUUGGCAAUACUCCAACUUGACAACAAUAAUUUCAGCGGGUAUGGAAUUCCUUCAACCUAUGCAAACUUAUCCAGUCUAGUAAAACUAAGUCUAAGAAACUGCAGUCUGCAAGGAGCUAUUCCUGAUUUCAGUUCAAUACCCAAGCUUACCUAUUUAGAUCUUAGCUGGAAUCAGUUUACCGGACACAUACCAUCAAAUAAACUUUCAGACAAUAUGACGACCAUUGAUCUGUCCAAUAAUCGUCUCAAUGGAUCUAUUCCUCAAAGCUUCUUAUAUCCUCAUCUUCAAACAUUGUCACUUCAAAACAAUUUGCUGUCUGGGUCUAUCCCUUCUAGCAUAUGGAAGAACAUGUCCUUCAGUAUGAAGGCUAAACUUACAAUUGAUCUCGAUAACAACUCACUUUCGGAUGUUUUCGGAAAUCUAAACCCCCCGCCAAAUGUUACCUUGAGGCUUUCUGGCAAUCCUAUCUGCAAGAAUUCUAACAUAAAAAGUAUUGGUCAAUAUUGUGGACCUGAAGGAGAUGAAGUAGCUCAAAACUCAAAAAAUUCAACUGUUUGUCCAGUUCAAGCUUGUCCAGUGGAUAAUUUCUAUGAAUAUGCCCCCUCUUCCCCAGUUCCUUGCUUUUGUGCAGCACCUCUGAGAGUUGGAUACAGGCUGAAAAGUCCAAGUUUUUCUUACUUUCCUCCCUAUACAACUCGUUUGGAAUCAUACAUAACUCAUUCCUUGAACUUAGACAUCUAUCAAUUAUCAAUAGAUUCAUAUGCUUGGGAAGAGGGACCUCGUCUUAGAAUGUAUUUAAAAAUUUUUCCUUCGUACAAUGAUUCCCACUCUAAUGAGUUCAAUAAGAGUGAGGUCCAUCGCAUUAAAGGUAUAUUUACAUCAUGGCGAUUUCCUCGCACUGACUUUUUUGGACCAUAUGAACUCCUGAACUUCACUCUUCUAGGACCUUAUGCAAAUAUAAUUAUUGAUUCAGAGAGGAGGAAAACUAGUCCGGGCAUAUUAGCUGCUGCUAUAAUAGCAGCUAUUGCUUGUGUUUUAGCAAUAUCUGCAAUAAUCAUGCUCCUGAUUUUUCGAAGACAGUAUAAAUACCAGCACAAGAUUUCCAGGAAACGUAUGUCCUCUAAUAUAUCUAUCAAAAUAGAUGGCUUGAAAGCAUUCACUUAUAAGGAAUUGGCUCUUGCUACUGACAAAUUUAACAGCUCAACUAAAGUUGGUGAAGGAGGUUAUGGGAAUGUCUACAAGGGCAUUUUAUGUGAUGAAACAUUUGUAGCCAUUAAGCGAGCAGAAGAAAGUUCCUUGCAAGGCCAAAAGGAGUUUUUGACUGAGAUUGAGCUUUUAUCAAGGUUACACCAUCGGAAUCUUGUCUCACUGAUUGGAUACUGUAGUGAAGAAGGAGAGCAGAUGCUGGUUUAUGAAUUCAUGCCCAAUGGCACCCUAAGGGACUGGAUUUCUGGUAAAAAUAAAAAAACCAAGGAAAGCCUAAAUUUUGGUAUGAGGUUACGAAUUGCAAUGGGUGCAGCCAAAGGCAUACUAUAUCUGCAUACAGAGGCUAACCCUCCUAUAUUCCACCGAGAUAUUAAAACCAGUAACAUACUUCUGGACUCCAAGUUUAUAGCUAAAGUGGCAGAUUUUGGACUGUCACGGCUUGCUCCAUACUUAGAUGAAGAAGAAACUCCUAGAUAUGUGUCAACAGUUGUGAAGGGAACACCAGGUUACCUGGACCCAGAAUAUUUGUUAACUCAUAAGUUGACUGACAAAAGUGAUGUCUAUAGCCUAGGAAUUGUGUUUCUGGAACUUCUGACAGGCAUGAGACCAAUAUCACAUGGGAAAAACAUUGUCCGCGAGGUUAAUGUGGCUUGUCAAACUGGGAUUAUGUAUUCCAUUAUAGACAGCGAAAUGGGUUUCUAUCCAUCUGAUUGCUUGGACAAGUUUGUAACACUGGCACUCAGUUGUUGCCUAGACAAUCCACAAGAAAGACCAUCAAUGCUAGAUGUGGUGAGGGAACUGGAACAUAUUAUUGCAAUGUUACCAGAAACUCAUGAAACUUGUUUCUCUGAUGUUUCCUUAUGUAAUUCUGGUAAAAUGGCACCUUCAUCAUCAUCAUCAGGAUCCAACGUGACAAGAGAGGACCAACAUCUCAUGUCCUCCUCGUAUGUGUCUGGAAGUGAUCUUGUCAGUGGUGUUGUUCCCACCAUUGUUCCUCGCUGAUACCAUACUAGAUUACUUAGUCUCCUUUACUUGUUCACAAAAAAAAUGUAAUUAUACCAAUUAAUUAUUAUUUUUUGAUACUAAGAUUUUGAUACCACUAAAGGUAGGAAGUUUAUUAGGGUCUUAGCUACCUGCACUUCCCAUUUGGGACUUUGUAAAUUUUAUAGGAAAAAUCUACUUCUCCUUUCAUUAUAGGAAACUUUAACUA